AUGUCGUUCACCUUUCCCACCACACCCACUAAACAAACGACAUCACAAGCUGAGGCACGUCCUUCGUCUUGCUUAAAACAAAAUCGCGAAAAUCAGUCGCAACAGGAAUUGGACGGGCAUAGAAAUAAUGUUUCCCAGGUCAGGUUUUCGUUGCCUGUAGAGCCGGAUGUCGACACCGAGACUCAAUCCAAUUUGGGCCGUGAUAGCAGCCCCACGCAUCAUCCAACUUCUCCCACAAAAGUGGUAUAUCCCAGAAGCUCGGAGGAUUACCCAUCAAGCCAUUUUGUCGACUUUAAGCACAAGAUAAUGGUGGACGUACCGGAGCACAUUUGGCAAUCUCAUUAUGACAGAAGGAAUACCGAAAGCAGUUCUUCGAGCCUUACCAAAAGGCACUCGCGCGCUCAAUCUCUGCAGUCUGUCAUAGCAGACACUUUGCAAACUUAUCACACCAAACCUUCCAACAACCAAUUAGGUUUGUUGACAAACAGCCCGCUGCCAAAUCUUCAAGCUGCCGAACUGUACCUCAGAUCAGACUCGCCUCUCAACAAAUACCAGGUUGCAGUACCUCUAGAAGCUUCACUGCCACCCUAUCUGUCACCAGAAAACAAGUCGAAGCGAAGAAACAGCUUUGUUUACGACGGAGAGGGCUAUAGCAUGUAUUUGUCGGACAGCAGCGACGUAGAAUCUCUGGGAUUACAAGCUUCGGAUUCAGAAAUUCUCAAGGCAGAUCAAUCGUCAAGCCAGUGCAGUGAUUUGUCCAUACCUUCGGCAACUCACGACUUUUCCUUUGAUGGCAAGGAAGACGUGGACAAGAUUUUAGGCAUCGAUGCCGAUGCUAAUGUGAAUCUCAAGAAACAAGCCAGAAACCUACUAAAUAGGAGCCCAGGACAAAAAGGCAAAAGUCUACCGCAGAUCCCUAAGCCACCGAUUUUCAAGAUCUCCCAGAAGACUGAUGCAUACAACGACUCCCGCCAAAUAGUUACUCGACCCAGAGGAGCAACAGCCGACGACUCACCGAGCGAAGCGCUGAAAAUACUGACAAGUCCAUCCAAGACAAUAAUCAUUCCUACUUUCGAACAGGCUUCUUCUAAACCUACUACAACUUCAGUGGCUCGAUUUUUUUCUGAGAUGGACGACACUUCUGCUGCUCAAAACAUUCAGCUGCCUGAGACCUCAUCCAAAGAUGAGAUCAAUGCUAACUUUCAGUUCCCAUCGCCAUUCAAGGCUGACAGCGACGAAGGGAAGCUCUCUGAGGUAUCUUAUUCUCACGGUGGUACUGAUACCCCAGAGGUCGAAGACGAAAAUUCAUUUGAACGACGCAGGAAGCUCCUUAGACAGCAAUCGAACGGUAGCAAUUUCCGGCGUCAUACUCACAACAGAACCCGUAGCAUCCACGGUUCACAAGACCUUUUUAUCGAAAGUCACACCCCACCAAAAACGGGCCCAAAAGAGAUGAACAAGGUGGCCAUACCUGAACGGUCACCACGAAGGGGCUUUUCUCGCAAUUCAAAACCUUUUGAUGGAAAUCAUAAUGAGAUUAAAGUGGACGCUAUAUCCACGCCCACUAAAAAUACUGAGCAUGAAAGCCUGCCAGAGGCGAGCAUUGCCCAUCCAAUCAGACCACGAAUACAAAGCAUACCACACCACCCCCUCGAUCUUCCUUCCUUGAAGAACAAUAAUCCCAACUUCGCUGAUCGUACCGAAGGUGUAGCAACCAGAGAUCAGAUAAACUCAAAAUUUGACGUUUCGCAUCCAAUCAUGCCCCAAGAAGACUCGAAUCUGCAAAAAACAAAGUCUGGCGAAUCCCCUGUGACACAUUUCUUUGCAUGCAUAACAAAUAACAAUAGAUCUGACAUUUCUGCUUCGUCUUCGAGUUGCGCGGAAUCCAAUGCAGUCGAGGAAGAGGUUGACUCUGGAAAGAGCUUUGAAAUAUUAGAAGAAAGGAAAGUAGAGAAAGUUACACCACUUUCUACGUAUCAUUCCUUCAAAGCCCCAUUGAACCCUCCGGAGACUGUUAAAACAGAGAGUUUGCUGGACACCAAAAACAUGGAAAAUGAUAGACAUUUUUCUACACGACAAUUGUCAAAUAAUGUAAGUCAUUCAUCAUCGGAGUCUAAGGACAGUAUACCAUCACGCUCUUCAGUGGCGACUGCAUACUCUCAAGCUAAUGAAAACUAUUUGUCACAGCCCUUUAAGCAUAUACAGAGAAAAACAGAAAGUCCUUUCGUUACAAGAAGGGACUCAAAAGUCGGGUUUUCUCCUAAGAUUUCAGAGCGAGCAGAUAUAGGCCGUCUUCAACCUAAAACCUUACGAGAAUAUAUUGGGGGUGAACUGGUAGACGUCGUGUUGCUGGAUGAUCCUGAAGAUACGGCUACCGCCCCAGAGAAAGGAAGGCCCAGAUCUUUUCAUGAAGACGCCCUGGAACAUUUUCACGAGAUUUUGGAUCUAUGCGACAAAACGGCAGACAGAGCAAAAGGCGUUAUAUUAGAUUUGGUUGAAACUCCUGAGAUUCCAAGGGCUAGCGGCUCCAAUUACUCACGAUCACCUCCAUCUUACAACCCUCGCCAAACCCCAGUUCUCAACUCGCCAUAUUCAGGUAAGACCAGUAAUUCUUAUAUUGGUAGCAGCCGGGAAUCACCAUCAUCGAAGUACGUCUCAAACCUCGAUCGACUGAGGGCACUCGCAAGGAAUCGUUAA